CCGUUAGCAGCCAAGCUGAUUCGUUGACUUAUCUUGUGCAGUUUGUUUAUAAAAAUGUGUUAUUUAUGUAAUUCUGCUGACAAAAAAUUGUGUGUUAGUCUGGUUAGUCCUUUUGGGAAGGAAAAAAGAUCAAGGUUGACCUAAUGAUGAUGAUGAUGAAGAUGAAGAUGUUGUGUUUCACUGCUGAUUAGCCUGAAGACAGCCUGGAUGUAAACAGAGGGAGGAGUCAUUUCCUCCUUCUUCUCCUCCUCCACUUGUUGAUGUAGGAAAAGACUGCUCCCACUGUUACACACAACUUCCCUGAAAAACUUCCCUGGCCUUUGUUUCCUUCUCAGCGUUACAGUUUUAUUGAGUAUACGCUUUCAUGUGACUGGGAUUUGACUGGGAUGUUGGCAAAGAGUUCCUUAAGAGUCGACCGUCAAGCCCCUCCCUCUUUACAUCAUGCCUGCCAUCCAGCCAAACUCUACAGAGACUAACAGAUCGAUCAAAAAUGGCCAACCGAAAGAAGUUGUGCCGGGAUCAGUAUCUCCUGUUCUGCAGCAAACAACAACAAGCCCUAAAGAGUCUGUCACAACUGCCGCCCCAAAACAGGGGGUACUGGUACCUCCUACCACAACCACCACUAAAAACACCACUACUACACCAAUUACUAAACCUACUACUAAACCUACAACCACACCAACCACUAAACCUACAACAAAACCAACUACCAGCCCCACUACCAGACCAAUGAGCGCCACCAUUGCCAUAUCCAUCUUCACUACCAGACCCUCCAUGAAAGGGUCCACUACCCCCUCAUCCUCCACCAUCUCUACCAGUGGCACCACAGGCAACAGUAGCCAUCCUGCAGGAGCGAUUUCUGACACUGUUGAGGAGUUUUUGGGAGAUGUAUUCGACAAGAUACCCUUGCCUGAUUGGGCCAUCUACACCAUAAUCGCCUGUGUCAUUCUGCUGAUUAUCAUCUGCUGUGUUUGCAUCUGCGUCAAGUGCUGCAAAAACAAAAAGCAAAAGCAGAACCUUAAGAAGGACGGGAAGAUCAAUCUUCCAGGGGUGAAUGGAAAUACCAUUACUGCUCUGGUUCAGCCAGGUGCAACAGAUGGCUCCUCCAAAGAAAACAGAGGAGAGCUUCUCUACUCUCUGGAGUUCAAUGCCCCUCUCUCUGAGCUCACAGUGGGAAUCAAAAAGGCCAGUAACCUGAAGGCCAUGGACAUUGGUGGGACCUCUGACCCCUAUGUCAAAGUCUACAUCUGCCCGGACAAAUCCAAAACCUAUGAGACCAAAGUGUUCAGACGCACGCUGAACCCAGUUUUCAAUGAGCGUUUCACAUUCAGUAUCUCCAAGUCGUCUCUUUUAAAGUCCACCGCGGUGAUGAAGGUGUUCGACUUCAACAGAUUCGGAAAACACGACAUCAUCGGUGAGAUCAGGGUGCAGCUGAGCAACGUGGAUUGGAACCAUGUGAUCGAGGAGUGGCAGGAUCUGGUUGAACCUGCCAAGUUUGAGGAUGAAGAGCUCGGUGACAUCUGCUUCUCUCUACGUUAUGUUCCCACUGCUGGAAAACUGACUGUGAUCAUUCUGGAGGCCAGAAAUCUCAAGAGCAUGGACGUUGGAGGAUAUUCAGAUCCUUAUGUGAAAGUGCAGUUGGCACUGGAUAAGAGGAAGUGGAAAAAAAGAAAGACGUCUAUAAAAAAGAAGACAGUGAACCCUUAUUACAACGAAUCAUUCACCUUCGACGUGUCAUUUGAACAAAUCCAGAGGGUACACCUGGUCAUUUCCGUGUGGGAUCAUGAUAAAGUGACCAAAAAUGAUGCCAUGGGAAAGAUCUUCUUGGGCUGUGAUGCCUCAGGAAACCAGCUCAGGCACUGGGCAGAUAUGUUGUCCAAUCCACGACGGCCUGUGGCUCAGUGGCACAGCCUGCUGACGGCUGCACAGGUCAACUCCACACUGAGGCUCAAAAAGAAAAUUCCACUCCUGGACAAAUUUCCCGUCUGAGGUUGUUUUCCAUUGCACAAUAAGGAAAGCGCAUAAAAGACUGACAAUCAUAUUUGAGAUUUUCUUUAUAAAAUAAUUUUAAUAAUCUGAGUUAUUAUUUUGUUUUGUAAAUGGAAAAUUGUAACAAAUCUAUUUUAUUAAUAAGUCAUAAAUUCACAUGUUUUACUUGUAAACAUGAGCACUUUUUCCUGACUAUGUAUAUGUAUCGUAUAUGCACCUUCUUCUUUCUCAAUAACCUGCUAUGUUUACUGUAACCGUUGUUCCUCAAACUGUAUAUCGUUUUGAAUAAAAAUGACUGCAAAA